GCGGCGCGGUCAGCUGAUCUAGGGGGAGCGAUUCUGCCGUUUUAGGCCGCAGGUGUAGGCCUCGGAGUCGCCGCCGCCAUGGCCAGCCAGUCACAGGGUAUCCAGCAGCUGUUGCAGGCCGAGAAGCGGGCCGCAGAGAAGGUUUCGGAAGCUCGCAAGCGAAAGAACCGGAGACUGAAGCAGGCCAAAGAAGAAGCUCAAGCUGAAAUUGAACAGUACCGCCUGCAGAGAGAGAAGGAAUUCAAGGCCAAGGAAGCUGCGGCUCUGGGAUCUCAUGGCAGCUGCAGCACUGAAGUAGAGAAGGAGACUCAGGAGAAGAUGACCAUCCUCCAGACCUACUUCCGGCAGAACAGGGAUGAAGUGCUGGAUAACCUCUUGGCCUUUGUUUGUGACAUCCGGCCAGAAAUCCAUGAAAACUAUCGCAUUAAUGGAUAAAGGAAAAAGACUUGUUCAUAGAUUGGUGUUUUAGAUGCCUUUGUGGAAUAAGAUGUUUUAGCUAAGCUUGAAUUUAGUCUUAUGAAAAGGCAUUAAAUUAUUUCUGUAUAUUAUAUAGUAGAUCUCAUUACUUUUUGAAUAACAAAUCUAGCUUCUCUGUACAAACUUAGAAUUUAUCCAAAGAUUUCAUCUUUUUAUCUUGUAUUUCUUAGAAACUUAAAGGGUAUAUACUGCUUUCUUAUGCCUUUUAGCUCAAGCAGCAUCUAUAUCAAUAUUGACUUUUUUAUUUUUUAGAUGUAGAAAAAAAAUCCAUUCUUUUUAAAGAAAGAAAGGGAUUAAGUAAUUUUUCCCUAAAACUUUCUUGAAGGUCAGGGGCUUUAUCUAUGAAAAAAGUAGUAAAUAGUUAUUUCUAGCCUGUGUUAAAUAGCAGCCAGUCUUAAAAUAGUCCUUUUCAGCUAAGGAGUAGAAUAAUGAAUACUAGCAUAAUUCUUUGGGCUGCUUUUAGUUUCUUUUAGUCAAAAUUAUGAGAUGAUAGAAUUCAAGAAUUUGUUAUGUGUUAUUACUUGGUGUAUUGAUAAUCAUUUAAAAGUAAAGGUGCUUUGUCAUGGA